AACUUUGAUGAAAAUUGCCACCUUUGCUAAAAACUAAUUUUGCCUAUUUGUAGCCAAACCAAGCAUUUUCCUGCACAACAUCUUUAUUGUAAGUUUACUUAAAGCUGCCAAGUGUUGAUUUGUUUUGUUUUGCUGUUUUGUUAUUCUAUCCUGGUAAUACUGAAAAUGAGUAAAAAAAAAGUCUUAAUGUAAUGAGGAAAACUUACGUUCUAAAGAAUCCCACAUCUGCACAUGUGGGAAAAUCCUUCUCACUUAAAGGCAGGACAUAAUCCAGCUCUACUAACACAUAACAUGAAAUAAAAUGUCAACAUCUAAUUAACUUGGGAAUCACUCCUACCCCAGCAAAGUAUUUAUGAUUGCAGACAUUCCUCAGUCUGGCAUCAGCAGUUUUGGGGUUUUAUAGAGUACUUCUAUUACACAUGUAUGUCAAGAAAAAAGGUAAGCAUGUUGCUUCUGAUUAAUAUUUUUUACUUGAAAUCAAUUUAAUCUGCAUGUUUUUUUUUCCCUCCUAAUUUAUAUUAGUAAUGUAAUGGAUAAGACAUUACAGAUAACAUUUCUGCUCAGAUGAUGGUUUACAACUUGGUGAAAGUACAUGCAGUGAUAUGAAAGUGUUUUUACUGAGUCAAUAAAUAAAAUAACAUUUGUAAAUAUAUUUUAGUACACACAAUUACAUGUUUCGCUUUGGUCAGUCUGUGCAAUAGUUUUAUAUAAAUUGUUACAAUGUACUUUUUUUUUUAGAUUUCUCACCAUAUGAAUAAAAAUGGGGGAAAAUACUUCAAUGCCAUCUGAUAUCCUGGAGAUCCAAGGAUUUGAAAUAUCUCCAGAGUACAUAUACCCUCUGUUUUUUUUACUUUUGUUCGUAUACUCCACUCUGCUCUUUUCUAACGUCGGCGUUCUCACACUUAUCAUAAAGGAAAAGAGUUUGCACCAGCCCAUGUACUUCCUCUUCUGUAACCUGUCUGUGAAUGACCUGAUCGGCAACACAGUCCUGCUGCCUCAGCUUAUGGCUCAUGUCCUGUCCACCAAACGUUUCAUCACCUACAACCAGUGUUUGCUUCAAGCUUUUCACAGCCACACCUUUGGAUCUGCAUCGCACAUGAUUCUUGUUAUCAUGGCUAUCGACAGAUACGUGGCAAUCUGCCACCCUCUGAGGUACGGCUCCAUCAUGACUAAUAAAGCUGUGAUCGGCCUGUCUGCCACUGCCUGGGGCGUUUCCUUACUCCUAGUGUCUGUGCUCUUAGGUCUCACAGGCAAGCUGUCCCGCUGCAGAUCAGUUAUACAAAACGCCUUCUGUGACAAUCCAUCACUGUUCAAGCUUUCUUGUGAGGACGUGUCCAUUAAUAACAUAUACGGACUGUUUUUUACGGUGCUGCUGUUUACUUGUUCAAUUGGAGGCAUCACUGCUACUUACAUCAGAAUAGCUCUCAUCUGCUGGAUGAAGAAAAACAAGGAGAUGAAUAACCGAGCGCUUCAAACCUGCUCAAGCCACCUCAUUCUUUAUCUGAUUAUGCUCUGGUCAGGGUUCCUAACUAUUAUAUUGCAUCGAUUUCCAGAUCAUCCAGACUUAAGGAAGAUUGCAUACAUUUUAUUUCAUGUCGUGCCUGCCAAUUUAAAUCCUAUUAUUUAUGGACUACAAACAAGGUCAUUACGAGAUAAGAUUACACAAAUACUCAAAAGAAAAACUGUAAUUUCCAUCUAGAUGUUUAUUUUCCUCUGCAUUUUUACAUUUUUACUAGGCCAGUACCCUAAUUUAAUUUAAAGCUUAGAGCUUAUAGGAUUGUGAGACAUUUUCAAUCUAU